CCGGGUCCGGCCGGGGGCGGGGUGGGAACGCCUCGGACUGCGGGACAGAGCGCCCCGGACCGCCGAGAUCCGGAGCAGGGGCCGCCGCCGGGUCGCCGGAACGGGAGGGAGACCCGGAUCCCGCGAGACUCUUCCGCCCCACUUCCGGGGCCGCCACUUUCACUUUCUUUUCCGUGGAGGCUGCUCCCCUCCCUCUCCUGACUGACAGGGGCCGCCCCGCGGGGGAGUUGGGCUGAAAUCCGGCGCCCCGGAGGGCGCUUUUCCCCAUCAGGGAAAAGGGGAGGCCCUCCUCGGGGACUCCUUGCGCCCAGGCUGUGCGUCGUCCCUCCCCGCACUAAGGCCUGUCCCGUUUCCUCUGUUGCCCUUUGCGGGCUUGGCUUGGUGCCCCCUUUCACUUCCCACGCGGGGACCCGGCCCGUUCCCUAUCCCAGGCCCCAUCCCCGGUCCUCGGGUAGUGUGAUGCUACCCGACUGCCACCGGGGACACCGAGGCACAAAGAAGGCUUGGGCCGCGCCAGAGGCCACCGGCCUGGACUGAGUUGCUCGUGGUCGCCCGUCCUCUAGCAAGUGACCGGGAGGUGGCAUUUCCCCGGAGCUGCAGCCCCCGCCUGGGGGGAUGGGCACAACCACGCCAGAUGGACGAGAAGAUCAAGAAAGCCGAGGAGGUGGCCCAGAGACUCACCCGAGCAGUGGCUGGUGGGGAUGAACAGGUGGCUAUGCAGUGUGCCAUAUGGCUGGCAGAGCAACGGGUGCCCCUGAACGUGCAACUGAAGCCUGAGGUCUCCCCGACACAGGAUAUCAGGCUGUGGGUGAGCGUGGAGGAUGCGCAGAUGCACACGGUCACUAUCUGGCUCACGGUGCGGCCUGACAUGACGGUGGCCUCCCUCAAGGACAUGGUGUUCCUGGACUAUGGCUUUCCGCCAACCCUGCAGCAGUGGGUGAUUGGGCAGCGCUUGGCCCGGGACCAGGAGACCCUGCACUCCCACGGGGUGCGGCGGAACGGGGCCAGCGCCUACCUCUAUCUGCUGUCAGCCCGCAACACCUCACUCAGCCCUCAGGAGCUGCAGCGGGAGCGGCAGCUGCGGAUGCUGGAGGAUCUGGGCUUCGAGGACCUCACGCUGCAGCCACGGGGCCCCCUGGAGCCAGUCCCCCCGAAGCCCGGGGGCCCCCAGGAGCCGGGGCGGGGGCAGAACGACGCCGCGCCAGAGCCCCCGCCGGUGGGCUGGCAGUGCCCCGGCUGCACCUUCAUCAACAAGCCCACGCGGCCCGGCUGCGAGAUGUGCUGCCGGGCGCGGCCCGAGGCCUACCAGGUCCCCGCCUCGUACCAGCCGGACGAGGAGGAGCGAGCGCGUCUGGCCGGUGAGGAGGAGGCACUGCGCCAGUACCAGCAGCGGAAGCAGCAGCUGCAGGAGGGGAACUACCUACAGCACGUGCAACUGGAUCAGCGGAGCCUGGUGCUGAACACCGAGCCUACCGAGUGCCCCGUAUGCUACUCGGUGCUGGCGCCCGGCGAGGCCGUGGUGCUGCGUGAGUGUCUGCACACCUUCUGCAGGGAGUGUCUACAGGGCACCAUCCGCAACAGCCAGGAGGCCGAGGUUGCCUGCCCCUUCAUUGACAACACCUACUCAUGCUCGGGCAAGCUGCUGGAGAGGGAGAUCCGGGCGCUCCUGAGCCCCGAGGAUUACCAGCGAUUUCUGGACCUGGGCGUCUCCAUUGCGGAAAACCGCAGUGCCUUCAGCUACCACUGCAAGACCCUGGACUGCAAAGGAUGGUGCUUCUUUGAGGAUGAUGUCAACGAGUUCACCUGCCCUGUGUGUUUCCACGUCAACUGCCUCCUUUGCAAGGCCAUCCACGAACAGAUGAACUGCAAGGAGUACCAAGACGACCUGGCCCUGCGGGCUCAGAACGACGUGGCCGCCCGGCAGACGACGGAGAUGCUGAGGACCAUGCUGCAGCAGGGCGAGGCCAUGCACUGCCCACAGUGCCAGAUCGUGGUGCAGAAGAAGGAUGGCUGUGACUGGAUCCGCUGCACUGUCUGCCACACCGAGAUCUGCUGGGUCACCAAGGGUCCUCGCUGGGGCCCCGGGGGCCCGGGAGACACCAGCGGGGGCUGCCGCUGCCGGGUGAAUGGGGCUCCUUGCCACCCCAGCUGUCAGAACUGCCACUGAGCUGAGGAUGGCCUGGUCCCCAUGCUGACCCAGCCCCACAUCUGCAAGCUGCUGUGGGACAGGGCUGGUGCUUUGGCUCUGAUUUCUGGCCUGGGAGAUGCCUUUGCGCUUGCCUGAGACAGGGGCCCUGAAGAGGCCAAGGCCCCUGAGCUGUGUGGAUGAAAUUGUUUGCUUUGGGCAUUGCAGAGGCCCUGCCUGAGCUGGCCAUUGUCUGCGGCUGCAUCUGCCCCAGUGCCUUUGCCCUUCCCCUGGGGCUUGCCAGCCAGACCUUUCAUCUCCUCUCUGUGGCUCCCAUCUCUGCCUAACCCAGCCUUAAACACAGCCCUGGCCGGAGGCCUUGCUGGAUGGAGCUUCUGAGAGCCCCGUGUGAGUCCACACUUCCCUCAUCCACCUCCCUCGUCUGCAGGACGCUGAGCGCUCACAGCCUACCACCUCCCCUGUCGGCUUUCUGGGGGUGACUUUUCUCUGGCUUUGCUGUUGGAGGCCUGGGGCCUCUUAGAAUUGCUGCUAAUUCUGCUCAGAGCCAAGAGGGAGACCUGGCAGUUUCUAAAGACAGCCCAGCCGGCCCAGCUUCUGUAUCUCCCUCUUUGCCGCCUGUGUAAACUAAUUAAAAUGGUUUUCCAGGAA